CGUCAAUAUCUAUAACCUAAAAAUUGUGUUUAGUAGGUUUUAAAUGUAGCACGUGUGUUUUGUAAAUCAGUAAAAUGGGCAGAAAAGCAAAAUUUAACACCGAAGGUGUUCUUGUUAAACGAGGGCCAGGCAAAAAGGCGAAAAAACAAAAGGACCCAACGUUUCCAAAAGCAUUACUCAAUGGUGACUCUGAAGCGAAAAAGUUGAGUCACAGACAGAAGCAACGUCUGAAAAAAAGGAUAAUCAAGAAUAAAGACAUCGCAAAAGUCACAGAUGAGGAAAGUAGUGAAUCAGAGCAGGAGGAUGGAAAAGUAUGGUUGAAGCCUUCUGUGAAUCAAAAUGACACCAAAGUUCUGCCUGAUGAGGAAGACAAGGCUGGUUUUACUGACGAUAAUAAAUCCUGGUUGAAGCCAAAGCGGCAACAAGUUGUUAUUGAAUCUGAUGAUACUAGUGAGGAGAGUGAAGAAGAGAAUUUUAAAGUAGGGACGUUGAAUGAUGUUUCUGAUGAUUCUGAAGAUGACGACGAUGACGAUCUUCUCCCAAUUGAAAAGCAGAACAAGCUACUUAAACAGCAACAAGAACAGGAGGACCAACUUGCUGAAGAAGAGCUCCAAAUGAAUAUUGCAGACAGUGAAAAAUUUAAACUACCAUCAAAGAAAGAACGUGAAGAAACUACAAGUUUGCAGGAAGUACAGCAACGUAUUCGUGACGUCAUUGGAGUCCUUUCUGACUUUAAUAAACUCCGCGAUGAGAAAAAUUCACGUUCCGACUAUUUAGAAAUGUUAAAAUCCGACCUUUGCACUUAUUACAGUUACAAUGAGUUUUUAAUGGAGAAAUUUAUGCAACUCUUUCCUYUGAACGAACUUUUGGAGUUUUUGGAAGCAAGUGAAGUUCAAAGACCGUUAACUAUCAGAACUAACAGUCUUAAGACUCGUCGUCGCGAUUUAGCUCAAGCUUUGAUUAAUAGAGGGGUUAAUUUAGACCCUGUAGGGAAAUGGAGUAAAGUGGGCCUUGUUGUGUAUUCUUCUCAAGUUCCCAUUGGGGCGACUCCGGAGUAUUUGGCCGGUCAUUACAUUAUUCAGGGCGCUUCGAGUUUAUUACCAGUCAUGGCACUCGCGCCGCAAGAAAACGAAAGGAUUUUAGACAUGGCGGCGGCUCCCGGGGGCAAAGCCUCACACAUCGCCGCUUUGAUGAAAAAUACAGGAGUUUUGUUUGCUAAUGAUGUUAAUAAUGAACGAAUCAAAGCAAUUGUCGGGAAUUUCCACCGCUUGGGGGUUGUUAAUUCGGUCAUUACGUGCGUAGAUGGUCGGAAGUUUCCAAAAAUUCUGAAAGGAUUCGAUAGAGUCCUUUUGGAUGCUCCUUGCACUGGAACAGGGGUUGUCGCAAAAGACCAAAGUGUCAAAACCAGUAAGGACGAACAGGAUAUUCAGAGAUGCUAUAAUUUGCAAAGGGAGUURCUUUUGGCAGCUAUUGAUUGUCUUAAUGCGAAAUCGGAUACUGGGGGAUAUUUGGUUUAUUCGACAUGUUCGGUUUUACCGGAAGAGAACGAAUGGGUGGUUGAUUAUGCCUUGAAAAAGAGGAAUGUUAAAUUGGUCGAUACGGGAUUGGAAUUCGGGAAUGAAGGGUUUACGAAUUAUAGACAGUUCAGAUUUCACCCAAGUUUGAAAUUGACGAGGAGGUUUUACCCACAUACCCAUAAUAUGGACGGAUUUUUUGUUGCAAAAUUCAGGAAAUUCUCAAAUUUAAUACCURCGACUGCGGGAGAGGAACAAGGAGAAAAAAGAGAACUAGAGGAGGAGGAAGUGGAGGAAGAGGUUAAUACUAAAAAACAGAAAAAAAAUGGAGAAACACAGUCGAAAAAAGUGAACGAAAGUAAAGAAAUUAAAAAAAAUCAACAAGAACAGAAGGAAUUUCUUCAUGAGAAAGUUARCACKAAAAAUCAAAAAAUGAAAGGAGAGAUGAAAUCGAAGAAAAUGAAGAAAAAUGGAAAUAUUAAGAAGAAUAAGCAAGAACAUCAUGAAGUUGUAGAUGAUGUUAAGGAGAAAAAGGAGGUAAAAAAUAGAAAGGCAGAACCGAAGAAAGAGAAAGUUAAUUCAGCAAAUGAAAACCAAUUGAAGAAUAAAAUGUCGAGUCCGGCCCAGAAGAUUGUGAAAAGUAGUAAAAAAAUCGAUUGGGAAAAAAUCCCGAAAGAAGCUAGUGUGAAASUAAACAAGAAGAUUAAGAAAGUUAAGAAGAAACAAGUUGGAGUUAUGCAAAAUAAGUUUUCAAAAAAGAAACAAAUAAGUCGUUGACUUAUUUAAAUAUUCAUUUUGUAUUAUUUAAAUAAAAGAAUUGUAAUUA